AUGGCGUUGGAAGAGAUCUUUGUUACCGGCGCCACAGGGUUCAUGAAAAAAUUGGUUACUGUUGCGGCCAAAAAAAUUGGAAAUGCUAGGGCUGUAGAUAAAGAUCUCCAAAAGCUCAAGGAUACUCUGGAGAAGAUCGCGGCUGUAACAUCUGAUGCCGAAAAGAAGCAGGUGAAAGAAAAAUCCGUGCAACUCUGGUUGAGAAGGCUCCAAGACGUUGCAUAUGACGUUGACGACCUUUUGGAUGAAAUUUCUUACGAAGUUAUGCGUCAAUCCCAAGAAGAUGGAAACACGGAUAAGGUAACACUCGUAUCCAAAAUUAAAUUCGGUUUGAAAAUGCCUGGUAGAAUCAAAACCAUUAAUCAAGAAUUAGAUGAAAUCGCCAAGCAGAAACAAAUGUAUCAGUUAGAACAUAGUGAUGAUGAUUUUUAUACUGAGCAACUAGACCGAAUGACAGCAUCCUUUGUAGUCGAUUCAUACAUUGUAGGGAGAGAAAAAGAUAAGUCUCUAGUAGUAAAAAAGUUAUUGAUGAAGAAUAUUCCUUCAUCGACAUCAUCUGAUAAUUAUAGUUCACAGGAAAAAAUCUCAGUCAUUUCAAUAGUGGGUAUGGGGGGAUUAGGGAAAACGACCCUCGCUCAAAUGGUAUACAAAGACAACUCGAUAGAGAGAAGCUUUGAGCCAAGAGCAUGGGUCUGUAUUUCAGAGCAUUUUGAUAUCUUUCUAAUUUUAAGAAAAAUUCUAGAGUCCAUUACUGAAAAUAGAUGUGAAGUGUCUAAUGUGGAUGUAUUGGUAAGAAAAGUUCAUGAAGAGAUUAGAGGGAUGAAAUAUCUGUUGGUGUUAGAUGAUCUGUGGAACGAGAGCGCCGAAGACUGGGAGAAGCUCAAGAGUAUAUUAAGUGUUGGUGCGGAAGGUAGCAAAAUUUUAGUAACUACACGCAAAGCCGAUGUUGCAUCUAUUGUUAGAGGUACGAUUCCACCUUAUAAUCUAACAGCCUUACCCGAACACGAAUGCUGGUCUAUUAUCAGGAGAAGAGCUUUUUCUCCCGGUGGGGCACUCGAGACUCCAAGUAUGUCAGAUAUAGGUAUGGAUAUCGCGAAGAAAUGUGCUGGUUUACCACUUGCAGCUAACUUUCUCGGGAGUCUUAUGCGUUCGAAAAAGAACGAGUAUGAUUGGUUGGCGAUCAGAGAUGAUGAAAUUUUCAGUGCACCAGAAACUCCAAACAGAGUAAUACAAAUAUUGAAAUUGAGUUAUGAUAAUUUAUCCUCUCAUUUGAAGCAAUGCUUCUCAUAUUGUUGUUUAUUUCCUAAAGAUUGGGAAUUCAACAGAGAAACAUUGAUUCGAUUGUGGAUGGCUGAAGGGUUCAUUCAUUCGUCUAAUGGAGUUGAUCGAAACUCACUCGAAGAUAUUGGUAAUUAUUAUUUCCUUAGUUUGUUGUCUAGCUCUUUCUUUCAAGAUGUACAAAAGGAUGGCUUAGGUGACAUUACGUCGUUCAAAAUGCAUGAUUUAGUACAUGAUCUUGCGUUAAGUGUCGUCGACAGUCAUGAAGUUACGAUUCUGAACGCAAGUGAAACGGGAAAUGAGGUGUCUCGAAUUCGUCGUCUACAACUAUCCGUGAAAGAAGAUGGAGGGGGAGAAGGAGAAAUAUUUUCCAAUGUCUUGAAAAAUGCAGAAAAACUAAGGACAAUUUUUUUCCAAGAAAAAAGCUUUUCUUACACGAGUCCACUUCGUAACAAGUGUCUGCGGGUAGUAAAUCAGCUUGAGCCGCCUUUUGUUGAUUCUAAUUUAAGAAAAAAACUAGAAACUUUAACUUCCAGAUUUAGGUUUAAACACAUGAGGUACCUUGACCUCAGUUAUUCUGAUCUUAAAGAUGUUCAUUCUGAGUCCAUUCAUCACCUCUACCAUCUCCAAACUCUCAACCUUCAUCUAUCCCAAAAUGUUGAAAACAUUCUCAACCAAAUCGGUUCUUUGACUAAUUUGCGACAUUUAGAUCUCUCUGUUUCAGAUACCAAAGCCUUACCUGAUUCCAUUACAAGGCUAACUAAUCUGAAGACUCUAGAUAUCAGUGAUUGUUGGGAUGUUAUUGCCUUGCCCACAAAUAUUGGGUCUCUUCAAAAUCUAUCGUCCCUUGAUAUUUCAUCUACUAAAAUUACAGACUUACCUGACUCAAUUUCUCUCAUCUGUAGUUUAAAAAAGUUAAGCAUCAUCGCUUGCUUUGAAUUAAAAGCACUACCCCGUAACUUUGGAGCUUUGACACAACUAAGGUCACUUGAUUUUACUGCUACUAAAAUAACAGAAUUGCCCGAGUCUUUGACUAGCAACCUCUGCAAAUUAGAGGUAGUGAACUUUGACAGAGAAACUAAGUUUCCCAAAGAUAUCAAGAAUUGGGUGGAACUGAGAAAACUCAUUUACUGGGGAAAGAUAGAUGGUGUAAGAAUGCCUAGAGGUAUAGAAAAGCUAACUUGCAUUGAAGAAUUAGUCCCUUAUAUCGUUAGCAAAGAAGAAGAUAUCAGUAAUAAUCCAAGUUCUUCUAUCCGAGAAUUAGCAGAUCUAAACUCCCUUCGGAGGUUACUGAUUGUAAAUCUUGAGAAUGUGAGAGGUGGUAAAACGGAGGCAGAGACGGCAAAGUUAAAAGACAAGCAAAACAUUCAAGAGCUGGAUCUGCGAUGGAAAUUCAAAGACGAAGAAGAAGAAAUCGCAGAUGAUGCUGUCGAUGCUUCUAUGGUACUUGAAGGUCUCCAACCUCAUCUAGAUUUUGAGGAAUUGGCUGCUUCUGCUGCUACUGCCACUAUGGUGCUGGAAGGUCUCCAACCUCACCAUAAUUUGGAGGAAUUGCACAUCAGGGGUUUCCCCUGUUUAAAGCUUCCGAAGUGGUUGGGUUCAACUUCCUCUCUUCCUAAUUUAGUGGAACUAACGAUUUCUGGAUGCAACUGUGGAAAUAUUGUUGGCCUGGGUCAGCUCCCAUGCCUUCGGAGUCUUGUCCUUGUUGGUAUGAAUUCAGUUAAGUGUUUGGGGAAGGAGUUUUAUUACCAGCAAGAAGAAGAAGAAGGAAACAAAGGAGGUACUGCAGAUACAACGACAACAUUAUUCCCUUCCUUGAACAAAUUAGUCAUCUAUGGGAUGGAUGCCUUAGAAGAAUGGCUUGUACCUUCGCCACCUCAAAACUCCUUUCCUUGCCUUGAGGAAUUAGGGAUCCGUUACUGCAGCAAUUUGAUAUCUAUACCGGAUUUACGAUUAUGGUCUUCUACUCUCCGAGAAUUAGAAAUCUCCGAGUGCAACAAGUUGGAGGAGUCAAUACCUUAUGAUCUCAGGGAAUCCCUUACCUUUCUUGAAAUACUUCGUGUUAAUGGUUUUCAAAAUUUGAUGGUGGAGGAGGAGGAGGAGUAG